AUGUUUUGGCGUUUCGGAGGAUAUGCAAGUAUCUCCGCCAUUGAUACCCUGCUAGACAAGCCCGAUGUCACCCUUGAAGAGCUGUUGGAUGAGUCUGAGCUCAUCCAAGAGCUCAAACAAAAUAAUACGAAGCUCAUAGAAUUCUUACGAGAAGAUAAUGUCCUAAAACGACUCAUGGAUUAUGUUACUGCGCCUAGUCUGGUGAACGAAGAUGACGAAGAUGACGAUCACGAGAACAAUGCGCAGACGAACAAAGAUGAUGCAACGGAAGAGGCCAAGGGGGGAGACCCCCUUAAGGAUAUUCUGGACCCCGAAGACCUGGAGCGGGCGGAGAAGGAUCGCAUGAAGCGAGCCUACGUCGCAUGCGAAAUUCUAUCAUCGGAGAUAUGGUCGAUCGUGGAGUCUAUUCUGCUCAAUCCUGACAACUUACGAGAUUUCUGGGGGUUUUUGCGGCGCACGCCACCUUUGGACUCUGCCCAGGCGAGUUACUUUACGAAAGUGAAUGAAACCCUAUUCGACAAGAAAACCAGUGAAAUGCUGGAGCUAUUCAAGUCAAUGGAGGGGAUUGUACCGGCAAUCUUGCAGCACGUGGACAACCCUAUGGUCAUGGACCUCCUACUCAAAAUCAUAAGCUUGGAGAAGGUCGAAGGUGGCCAUGGCAUUGUUGAUUGGUUGAAAACCCAGAACCUUAUACCCACGCUCCUCUCAUUCCUAUCCCCGGAUCACCCUGCCUCAGUGCAAACAUCAGCCGGGGACUUUCUCAAAGCUAUUAUCACUAUAUCCGCAAACGCAACCCAGAAUGACCAAUCCUGCAUUGGCCCUAACAGCCUCACCCGUCAGUUGGUCUCCAUGCCAUGUGUGGAAAGUCUAAUCAAGGCCAUGCUACAAGGUGGAAAUCCCUUGACAGUUGGUGUUGGCAUCGUCAUUGAAGUGAUCCGGAAGAACAACUCCGACUACGAUCCUGAGAACAUCAAUGGUCCGGACUCGCUCCCAACAACAUACGAUCCGAUCUACCUCGGAAAUCUGCUUCGGCUUUUUGCCAAACACAUACCUGACUUCAUGGCGCUGAUUCAAAGCUCCAAACACACUGUGAACGAUGGGGGCAAGGUUAGAAGUGUAGAAAGGGGCAAGCUCAACUCAGCAUGGGGUGCCAAGAUCGAGCCUCUGGGCUUUGACAGAUUCAAGACAUGCGAAUUGAUGGCCGAACUGCUACAUUGCAGUAACAUGGGCCUCUUGAAUGAGCCUGGUAGUGACGAUUACGUGCGGCAGCGUGAUGCUGAGCGAGAGAGGCUGAUGCGCGAGGGCGUCUUCAAUCCGCAUCGCGAAGAGACAUCGGCAUUUGAUGGGAAUGAUUCUACGGUGGAUUUUGUCAAUGGAUCCGUCAUUGGCUACGGCUCCCCUGAGGGCUCUAGGGUGCUUGAGGUUGCAAAUACGGGCGAGGAAAGCUUCGAGGACGUUAGCGCAUCCGGAGUUCUUGUCGACAAGGAAAAGGAUGCUGAAGUUAAGGACACCAGCAGCCCCGAGACUAAGGCGGAGUCCGCAGCUUCCUCGCAGCAGGCCCCGACAGAAACAGCCGAAAAUGCGUCAAAUGGCACGUCGGAGGACGGCUCAGGCAAUGAAAACCCUGCGAGUCAGGCUCGAGCACAAACGCCUCCUUCCGAUCCUGUGUCAGCUACUGCGUCAGGAAUAGCGGAAGUCAGCCUGGGCGGUGGACAGACUACCAAGGAAAGCCAACCAGCUGCAGAAGCGGCUUCCAACGGUAUAGAGGAACAGACCACAGCGUCUUCUCACGCCGGAACGGAAUCGGCUCCUCUUGUAGACCAACAAAAUAAUCAACAGAGCUCCUUGACGCCUGAUACUGCUGGCCAGGUCGGCGAUGCUUCAAGCUCAGCCCCACCCGCUUCCGAAUCGGCAUACGCCCAGCCAAACGAUGGUGAUGUACCUCGACAGUUGCAUCCAGACGUUCAGAUUGAUUCUAAUGGUCAACCCGUCGUUGGUGACUAUCUUAAGAUCAUGUUCGUUGAGAAUCGGGUAGUACCGACUAUCUUGGACUUCUUUUUCCGAUUCCCGUGGAACAACUUCCUUCACAACGUCGUCUAUGAUGUUGUCCAACAAGUGUUCAACGGUCCCAUGGACCGCGGCUACAAUCGUCUGCUGGCCAUUGACGUUUUUGAGACCGGCCGCAUCACCCAGAGCAUUGUGGAAGGCCAAAAGCGAAGUGAUGAGGCGCAGCGAACCAAACAGAUCCGACUAGGAUAUAUGGGCCACUUGACCUUGAUUGCCGAAGAGGUUGUCAAGUUUAGCGAACGGCACCCGCCCGAGUUGCUUUCCCCUACAGUCAUGGAGAAUGUGCUGAAUCCGGAGUGGAUAGACUAUGUUGAACAAACGCUUUCUGAAACCAGGGAGCGUGACAACGCCAUUCUUGGCGGGGUGCGCCCUGACAUGUCGAUUGGACAUCGCCAAGGCAUGCUCAAUUCUGGCCAGAGCGCGAACACAUCAUCGGCGCUUGCUGAAGCUGGCUUGAAUGGCUCCGUGGGAGGCUCCGGGUUCCAGGGCUUUGACAUGAUGAACCAAGGAAGUGUUUCUGGCGGAGCUUUCGGGCUAAACAGCGGGAAUUCCCUACUCAGCGGAUUCGCUAGUUCCAGUGAUGACGAUGAGGACGAAGAAAUGGAAGAUCAAGAUGAUCGGAAUCUUGCUGAGCCUUCCGCUGAAGGCGGCUCUGACAAUGCCUCUACCAACUCUACCAGCCAGCCAAUCCCGAUCCUCCCCCCACCUCCAGCACCGUUGAGUCAAGGUCCGUCUCGCGCACGCCGGCAGCUAGCAGCCCGACUGGCUGCCCAUAAACAACAGGCCGCCGAGAAUUCCGAGGGUGGUGAAGAUUCAAGUAAUAAUCAGCCAAGCGAACAUGAUAUGCAAUGGCCCACCAAUCCAUUCGUGAUUGCCGGCUUGGACGAGGAUGCCGAUGGCUCCAACUCACCUGCCAGUGCUGCCUUCCCCUCAACUGAUUUCCCCCCUGCUAGCAAGGAUGAGCCCUUCUCAUCGCCUACAUUCCCGGACUCUGGAUUCAGCCCCCCCGACUCGUUCUCGACCAACUCCUCCGACGAGGAAGGAGAAGGUAGAUCGGAGGGCACGAGACGCAAGGAACGGGUUCCCCUGGAGGUUGAUGAGGAGGACGACAUGGGGGAGAUGGUAGGGCCUUCGCUUGGGUCGGGCAUGAUGGACUCGGACGAAGAGGAUGAGGCCAUCAUGAACGAAUCCCUGGGAUAUCCGGAUAUCGCCUCGGGGCGUUACAGAAGCUUCGGUCGAUCUCGGAUGGGUGCCUCACCAUUUGGCGAUGAAGACGACAGUAGUGAUGGGGAGGAUGACGGUUUAGUCGAGAUUCUCGUCCCUGGGAGGAAGGCUUCCACUUCGUCCACAUCAUCCCAUUAG